GCUCCGUCAUCAUCUCCUCGUUCGCACCAAUGGAAGAGCGUCCGCCUGGAGAAAGCAGCUCGCGCAUCCACAGCCGUGCGUCCAGGACCUAAGUGAGCGCAGUUUGUCGCGAGGGAACAGCGGAUUAAACGCGGAGUUUGGCGGGAAGGAUGCCCGAGCGAGGAUGUGUACCAGCCGCAAGAUCAUCUGGAGCCUGCUGGUGCUCUCGGUGCUGGAGAUGGGGCUCGGCGUGUCCAGCAUCGCGCUCGGCGCGGUGGGCAUCAGCAGGGCGCACGCGGGCCACAAGACACAGCAGGGCGACGCGUCCCCGGUGUGGAGCGGGGUGUGUUUCCUCAUCUGUGGACUCUGUGGGAUGCUGUGUGCAAAAAAGAGGACUGGCCUGGUUAUGAUACUGUUCUCGGCCUGCUGCAUUUGCGGCCUGAUCGGAGGCAUCCUGAACUUUCAGUUUGUGAGGGCGCUGGUGAAGCGGCCAGACUCUGUGCACUCCCUGCAUCUGGCCACCAUGUCCUUGGCCUGCCUGGGCAUCAGUAGCUGCACACUGUCCACCUGGUUGACCUGCCGACUGGCCAGCAGCGAGCAGCAGCGCAUGUUCCUGGAGCGCGAGCACUCACUGCAUCAUUCUCACGAGAUGGCCGAGAAGGAGGUGCUAGAUAACUCCAGCAAUGGCAUCCCCCAAAUCACAUUCAACGGACGCAGUGCAUCACCGUGACAGUCUGAUAUCUGCGCAGUCUUGGCAGGACCAUCGCUGUGUGAUAAGUGGUGCUGACGUUUUUGGGCUAACAGCCGUCAGUGGGGCGCUUUUCAGCUCUCCUUGCAGACUACAGACUCUGGGUCAGGUAACACUACUGUGGCAAAAAAGAACUCACCUCUGUGGACUGACCGCCAAUCAGCAUUCAGUUACUCGCUGACCUGAGAAGAGGUCAUUAAGAAGUGCAGUAGAUUGAUGACAUGCAUAGAGCAUUGUACCCAAAUGAGCACAAAACGAGCAUGUAUAAUCCUUUCCUUUCCUCUCUCAUCCCCCCCUCCUCCUCUUCCUCCUCCUCCUCUGUGUUGCAUUCAUCUUGCAUCUCUCCAUUAAUCCCUGGUGAUAGGUUACUGGAAUGUUGAUGCUGAAAUUGUAACGCUGACCUGUAUGGCAUAUUGAAUGCUCUGACCUCAAACAUACAAAAUGCACAAUGUAAAAUGCUUGUAAAAGGGACAAAUUAUUGAUUUACAGUAUUUUUAUAUAUAGGCUUCGUAUGAAAAUGAAAUAAAAAAGACUGAAAUGCA